AUGGCGUUUACCGUUACGAUGGAUGACGAUGACAACGAGAAUAAGAAUGUCAAGGUGGGUCAGCAGAGGAGCAUAGGCCGGUCUAGGGGUUACAGGACAACCUUUUCUUCCUUGAAACCUGGCGAAUCUUACCAGGAAGAAGAAACAAUCGUGCCUUGUGAUUUAAACCUCGUCACCAACAUGGACUUCAGGCGCUUGAUUCAGAAGCUACAACCAGGAACAAGCUUCACAAUCCUAUCAGAUUCAUGCCACAGUGGCGGUCUGAUUGACAAAAACAAAGAACAAAUUGGACCUACUAGAAUGAAGGGUAUACCACUCCCAGUUUACUACAAGUCUAGGGGCAUUUCUAUUGGAUCCAAUAUGGAUUGCAUGCACUCGGUUACGGGUGCCAUCCAAACUGGAGCAAAUAUUGCUAUAGGUGUUGCAAAUGCCGUAAACGCCGGGGCCAAUGUUGUGGAAAGUAUUGGCUCUGGUUUGUCAGCAAUCUUUAGCAAAGAAGAGUGCAUCUCAUUCCGACUGGAGCAUGAGCAAAGGGCGGUAAUGAAGUCGAGGUCACUGACGGAGGACGAGGGUCUUCUGUUGAGUGGAUGCCAAGCCAACGAGACUUCGGCAGAUCUGGAGGGGAGCCCGCUGACCGAAGGAAAAGCUCAUGGGGCAUUUACCUAUGCAGUGGUGAAGGUACUGAAACAGAACAAAGGAUUAAGCAACAAACAGCUUGUGAAGGAAGUGAGGAAGUUUUUACAAGAGCAGGGGAUUGAACAGCACCCUUUCCUUUACAGCAGUGAUGGGAAUGCAAAUGCACCUUUCUUGGACGCCCAAACCACUCGUGGUGAUCGGAAGAAAGCCGUCGCGAGGGGGCGUGAAUGAUGACCAUGUACCCAAUGACGCCCAUCGUAAGAUCAAUGGAUCAAGGAGGAGCCGUCAAGACUCCCCCAUAGAAAGGCAUAGGGCCGGUGAAACCUCCAUCGCCUAUUGAAACUAAAUAGUAAAGCUUAUACAUGCACUACUUCUACAAUAAAUCGGAAGAUGAGCUUCAUUAGUAUAUUGUGUGUUUCUUUAAUUACUAUACAUGUGUGUUAAGGCCUUCGCCAUGUAUGGCGCUCUCUUGUGUAAUAAUAUCAUGAAAUAAAACAGCCUUUACGUGUGUUUGCUUUAUUACUCCAA